UUAUAAUCCCUAACAAAUGAGUGGAAAAAUAUAUUUCCCUGGUAAAAAGUGGUAAAUACCGGUAAAAACCGGUAAAUACCUGUUAUUUCUUGGCGUCCGGGAAAUAAGCCUCCAAAACGGGAAAUUUGCCAACCCUGUUAUAAUAAUAACAACAUUAAACUGGUGAUAGAAAAGUAUAAUGUGGUUUUUUCCUUUAUUAUAGAAUUUCUUACGUCUGUGAAGUAGACUAUUCGCGCCUUACAUGAACCAGGCCGAGGACGUCUUUCUUCGUGAAUUUCAGAACGUAUUUCCUUUAAAAAAUAAACAAGAAUGCCUAGAGAAAGCAGAUAACAUGGCGAUGAAGCAAGGAAUCGAUUGUUGGACGUCUCUCUCAAGUACAGAUGGAGAAGGAGAAGGAACUCUUCAGACAUCACAUGGACAUGAUGAAGGAAGCAUCUGCAUCAAGGAGGAAGGAGAAGUUGAGAAGGAGACGUGUCUUUCCAUUCCAGGUUCAGAUGGAUUGAGAUAUGAGGGUCAGCUUGUAACUGAAGACGGUCUGGUCUUCACCAUCAAACAAGAAGUUGACACUGACAUGUUUGAAUCUCUCUCAAGUACAGAAGGACAAGACCCAUCGAAUGAACAAGAAAUGGUCUUUGCCACCAUAAAGCAAGAAGAUGAGGAAGAGAUAUUUGAACAUAUUACAACUGGAGGUGAAGGAGGAGGAGAAACUGAGCAAUCAAUUCCUGAAGGAAGCAUCUGCAUCAAGGAGGAAGGAGAAGUUGAGAAGGAGACGUGUCUUUCCAUUCCAGGUUCAGAUGGAUUGAGAUAUGAGGGUCAGCUUGUAACUGAAGACGGUCUGGUCUUCACCAUCAAACAAGAAGUUGACACAGACAUGUUUGAAUCCCUCUCAAGUACAGAAGGACAAGACCCAUCGACUGAACAAGAAAUGGUCUAUACCACCAUAAAGCAAGAAGAUGAGGAAGAGAUAUUUGAACCUAUUACAACUGGAGGUGAAGGAGGAAAAGAAAUUGAGCAAUCAAUUCCUGAAGAUUUGGACAAUGGACAGGACAAGAUACACUCACUAAUGGCAGCAUGCACUGGAGAGAAGGCCCAUCUGUGUUUACAUUGCAGUAAAACAUUUACUGAUGAGAACUGGGGUAAAAAUCCUUAUAAAUGUUCCCAUUGUGAUAAGGUUUUUUCUUGCCAAGGUAAUCUUACUACCCAUUCAAGACUGCAAAUUGGAGAAAAGCCUUAUCGAUGUCCCUAUUGUGAUAGAGGAUUUUCUGAAAAGAAUAAUCUUACAAGGCACCUUAAAACACAUACAGGAGAGAAACCCUUUAAGUGUUCCCGGUGUGAUAAGCAAUUCUCUCAAAAGACUAAGCUUACUAUGCACCUUAGAACACAUACAGAAGAGAAACCCUUUAUGUGUUCCCAGUGUGAUAAGGUAUUUUCUCACAGAUGUAGACUUAGGACCCAUUCAAGAACACACAGUGGUGAAAAGCCGCAUAAGUGUUCCCAGUGUGGUAAGAGAUUUUCUCAUAAAGGUAAUCUUGUUAUUCAUUUAAGAACACACAGUGGAGAAAAGCCUUAUAAAUGUUCCCAUUGUGAUGAGGGAUUUGCUCAUAAAAGUUCUCUUACUACCCAUUCAAGAAUGCACACUGGAGAAAAGCCUUUUCGAUGUCCCUAUUGUGACAAAGGAUUUUCUCAAAAAAAUGAACUUACCAGCCACCUUAGUACACAUACAGGAGAGAAACCCUUUAAGUGUUCCCAGUGUGAUAAGGGAUUUUCUCACAGAAGUAGACUUAGGACCCAUUCAAGAACACACAGUGGUGAAAAGCCACAUACGUGUUCCAAUUGUGGUAAAGGAUUCUCUCACAGAAGUAACCUUAAAACCCAUUUGAGAACACACAGUGGUGAAAAGCCUUAUAAGUGUUCCCAGUGUGGUAAGACAUUUUCUCACAGAAGUAACCUUGGGACCCAUUCAAGAACACACAGUGGUGAAAGGCCGCAUAAGUGUUCCCAUUGUGGUAAAGGAUUCUCUCAAAAGACUAAGCUUACUAUGCACCUUAGAACACAUACAGGAGAGAAACCCUUUAUGUGUUCCCAGUGUGAUAAGGGAUUUUCUUGUAAAAGUACUCUUAUUAUUCAUAUGAGAACGCACAGUGGCGAAAAGCCUUAUAAAUGUGCUCAUUGUGAUGAGGGAUUUCCUCAUAAAAGUUCUCUUAAUAUUCAUAUGAGAAUACACAGUGGGGAAAAGCCUUAUAAAUGUUCCCAUUGUGAUAAGAUUUUUGCUCACGAAAGUAACCUAAGAACCCAUUCAAGAAUGCACACUAGAGAAAAGUCUUUUCGAUGUCCCUAUUGUGAUAAAGGAUUUUCCGAAAAAAAUGAGCUUACUAGCCACCUUGGUAUACAUACAGGAGAGAAACCGUUUGAGUGUUCCCAGUGUGAUAAGGGUUUUUCUUGUAAAAGCACCCUUAUAAAUCAUUUCAGAACACACAGUGGUGAAAAGCCGCAUAAGUGUUCCCAGUGUGGUAAGAGAUUUUCUUGUAAAAGCAACCUUAAAAGCCAUUUGAGAACGCACAGUGGUGAAAAGCCGUAUAAGUGUUCCCAGUGUGGUAAGAGAUUUUCUCACAGAAGUAACCUUAAAAGCCAUUCAAGAACACACAGUGGUGAAAGGCCGCAUAAGUGUUCCCAUUGUGGUAAGAGAUUUUCUCAAAGAUGUAACCUUAAAAUCCAUUUGAGAACACACACAGGAGAGAAACCUUUAAAGUGUUCCUAGUGUGAUAAAGGAUUUUCUUGUAAAAAGUACUCUUAUUAUUCAUAUGAGAACACACAGUGGUGAAACGCCUUAUAAAUGUUCCUAUUGGUGUAAGGGAUUUCCUCAUAAAAGUACUCUUAUUAUUCAUAUGAGAACACACACUGCAGAAAAGCCUUUUGUGAUGUCCCUUUCGUGAUAAAGGAUUUUGUCCAAAAAAAUGAGCUUACUAGCCACCUUAGUACACAUGCAGAAGAGAAACCCUUUAAAGGUAAAGACCAGUAUUGGAAACGCCCCAAUUUCAAAAAAUGAAAUGGAAGCUCUC